UGUAUUAGAAAUAGUUUUAUAACCUGCUGAUCCUAUCCCUUAUCCUAUGUAAUUUUCGUUCGAUGUAAAAUUCUUUUUCUUUAUUGUUCUGUUCCCUUACCUUAGUCGGUGGCUAUACACUCAGCGUAAAGCUAUAUUAAAAAAAAAAACACAUCUACUGUAAAGUGUAAACAAAAUUUAAUAGCGGUCACGAGAUUAAUUUUAAACACAAAACUUUUAAAAAUAUUUGUAUUUAGUCAUUUAAGAAAUAUCGUUGAAAGUUUCUUUAGUAUUUUAUGUGAUGAGUGUUAUGAAUACAAAUAAAGUGGCCGACGUCUCUUCUCUCUGUAGAAUCUGCUUAAAUUAUGUAAAUAAUGCUAUGGAUUUGUUUAAUCCGGGUGGGAAAUCUAAAAACAUACUCAAUACAUUAUUAGAAUGUUUUCAAAUAGUUUUAUCAAAUGAAAAGAAUUUGCCACAUCUUAUUUGUUAUGAAUGCGUGGAUGAGUUGGAAAUGGCUUACAAGUUCCGCCAAAAAUGUAUUACUUUUGAUGAGAGGUUUUUAGCUAUCUGCGAACAAAUAUAUAUUGAUAAUGAUUUAACUAAAUGUGUAGAAAAAGAUAUUAAAGAUGAUAAUUUUAAUCAUGACCUGGUUAAUAAAGAGGAAAAUUUGGAUUUCCAUGAAAAUGUUAAAAAAGAUUUAACCCAAUACCAAUGUAGGAUGUGUGAUAAAAUGCUAGAAAAUGAUAUGUUAUUCAAACAGCAUAUGAAAAUACACAAAGGAAAUGUGGGAAAAAUAACAGGAUUUGGUACUAGCCGAAGAUAUCACUGCUCGAGGUGUACCUAUAAUACACCACACAGUCAAACUUUAGUAAAUCAUAUGCGUAGACAUAAUGGAGAACGACCAUAUCGCUGUGAAUGUGGGAAGUCAUUUACACAAUCAUCUAGCCUUUCAGCCCAUAAAAAGACACAUAGUAAUUUAACAUACUACAUGUGUACUGUAUGUGGAAAGCAAUUCAAACAUGCUUUUACUCUGAAAAAACAUUCUAAAGUACAUGAGAAUGCCAAAUUUUCAUGUAAUCUUUGUCAAAAAAAGUUAAAAUCACAUGAAAGCUUACAAGAUCAUAUGCACCGUCACUAUAAUGUUAGGAAUUACAAUUGUGAGGAUUGUGGAGAUACAUUUGUGACAUCUUCAGAAUUGCUAAACCAUAAGAAGAAGCAUAGUUUAGAAAAGAAAGUUGAAUGUCAUUUAUGUGGUUAUAAGACUCAUACAAAGAAAAAUCUAAUAGUUCACUUGAAGAGGCAUGCUGGUGACAAAUCUUACAAAUGUAGAGUAUGCAACGUAGCAUUCUUUUCAAGUGGUGAUGUUCAGCGACAUCAACGAGUCCACACAAGAGAAAAACCUUUUACUUGCCCCAUUUGUGUACAACGGUUUACAUAUAGCACAAGUCUUAACAAACAUAUGAUGACUGUGCAUAACAUUAAGUAUAAAUGGGCAGAUUUCAAAUGGAAAGAAUCAAGGACAGUUAAAAGCUCAAUUCAAAUCAAAUAAUAAUAGAAUUAUCAAUAGGAGGCACAGCCCAGAUUAAAUAUAUGUAUACCAGAGCAGACAGAUUUUUGGCACUUUUAUUGAUUUUCAUCAAAUCUUUCAUCCAUUUCAUUGAUGCAAUUAAAACUGUGUAAUAUAAAUUUUAUUGUUUGAA